UCGGCAUAAGUUUUUAUGAGUUUAUAUUUAGAUAUAUUGAACUCCAGGCAAAUGAGAUUACUACUGAUAUUUUACAAAAGCAAAACAAUACAGCUGUUUUUCAAUAGAUGAACAAUUAGAUCAGUUGUAAGAUAUUAAGUUGAUAACUGAGUGGAGACGUCAAAAAUGAUGCGUGUUGAAGGUACGUCUUCGAAGUGUCGCCGCGACCUGAUCAACAACGAGAUACAGAAGCUUCGGGAUAUGUUGCCGCUUCAUGAUGCCGUCAAGUCUCGACUGUCCUACCUUCACAUUAUGUCACUGACAUGUGCAUAUAUUCGUAAAGGUAACUUUUUCAGCGCAGGAUUCAAAAUAACUAAUGGUCAGCCAUGUUGGGUCCCGCCGGUGGAUUUUACUCAGGCUGUAAACGGGUUUUUAAUGGUUGUAAAGUGUGAUGGAAAACUCAUCUACGUCUCGGAAAAUGUAACGGAUUAUCUUGGUCAUUCUAUGGCCGCUGUGGAAGGCUACGCCUUGAACGCCAAAAGCUCGGUAUGA